AUGCUAUCAUUACCGGCUUCGGUUGUUUGCUACUCCCUCUGCCCCUUCUUGGGACCUUCUGAUCUUCUGAAUCUCCGAGUCACAAACUCAAGGUUACUCGAGGUGUUACACGAUGAAGCAGAAUCGGAAGAACUUUGGAAGGUGAUGUUGAUCAGGGACUUUGGAUUUCAAAAGGAUGCCAAAACUGAUGACUGGUGGCAGCAAACCCUAAGGGUCGAGUUCCCAAUUCCAAGCUGUUCUUCUGUAUUUGGCAUUGAUCCAGGAAUGGAAAGUCCACUGUUGGAUGCGAAAAGUGCUUUUGAUUCGUGGAAGGUAUGGCUAAGGGCCAGUCGACGCUUCUUUGAAGAUCUUCCGAACGGAGAGGAUGCUAAGCAACUGAUACAUGGGCCAUAUUUUCUUAGAGCAGCUCGAAUGUGGCAGCAAAUAUACUCAUGGUGCAAUCACAAUCCGUCUUUGGGAACCAUGAUAAAGCAAUCAUUCCAACGGGGGUUGCGAUUCAAGGAUUGGGAUUCACGGUAUCGAUCUGAGAAAGGACUACAAGCAGCCCAGGCAAUCUACGCCUAUUGCGGUGGCCAAAAAGUAGCAAUGUAUUCGAUCGAUGGAUUUGAUGGCUUAUUUGGAGGAUAUCAAGCAUACAAUUAUUACUGCAACUCUCAUUUGGCACCGCCUGGGAAGCCGCUGGGGGACAAUAAACACAUGGUGGUGUCACAAUGCAUCUUCUCAAACAUGAACAGAAUGCCCAAGAUAUUUGCGGUGAACAUGGAAAGUGGUUGUCUAUCAUUGCUUACUCCCUCUCAGCCAAAGACCCGGGCAAUCAAAGAUACAAGUGUAGCGCCAGAAGAGGAAUUGUUGAUCUGGAUGGAGGAAUUCACGCGUCGGCUGACCGCUGGAAUGAUUGGUACUGGGACAAUGGGGUCAACUCCACAAGAUCCUGCAAGCAUCACUCUGUAUCCAAGAUGGACCAAUCCUCCACCAAUUUUACUGCCCGAACAGAGGGUGCCACAUUGCAGCUACUCUGUCACACGAGGUGUUGAAGUCGUUGCUAGCGCGAUAUAUGCACCGCAGGCAGUUGAAAGCUUUGGGUUUAUUUACAGCAUCCGGAUCCGACUCGUAACACCCACAUCUCGUGACUCUCGCACUGGCGACCAUGGUGAUAGCUCCAACUACAUGUCUCCAUCCGAGCGGGGCUUUGAAACUUGCCAGUUGCACAUGCGGCAGUGGCAGAUUACCAACUUUGAGAGCGGGCAUACUGAUAGCGUGCAUGGUGAAGGAGUGAUUGGAAUGUUUCCAAUAUUACGCGAGGGGGGCUAUACAGAUGGUGGGGAAAGUUUUGAUGGUGCCUUUCAGUACCAGUCAUGUUCUGGACCAAUACAGAAAGGAUCGUUCGGCGGAUCGCUUACGUUCGUCCCUGGGUGUAUCGAUCAACCAACUGGACCACCGUUCGAGGUGGAAUUGAAACCAUUUUUGCUUGAUAACAGUCCUGCUAUUCUUUACUAG